AUUAUGUAUUUUAAAGGAAAGGUUGUGAAUUAAAACUCGAUUUUCAUAGCUUAUUGAGAACAGCUGUAGACUAUGCUUGAAUGAAUCAGUGAUGCCAGAAAGAAGACGCGAAUUACACGCACACAAAAAUUAUAAAACCACGUACAUGUGCUGCGCAGAGCGUUCUGCGCAGCAUUCUACGUAGCUUUCUGUUGAGAAUUCCACAACUUUGCUGAUUGAUGAGGUUAUAUUUAACCACGUUGGACGUGUAAGCCUUUAUAACAAUAAAAUUAAAUAUUUUAGAAUCAUGAAAACUAAACGAAUUCAUGAUAGUGAAUGGAAACCUGUGACAUUGGAAGGUACCUUAGUGUCCAAUGGCAUAGAAGGAUUAAUUGGAAUAGAGGAAUUGACUGAUUAUAAUUUAGAGCGAAACAGCAAGAAAGGCAAAAUUAUAACUACAGAAGUAAAAUCUGCCGAAGAAAAGAAAUCAGCAGCAAAACGCAAAUGUUCAGAUGAAUGGAAAGAAGCUAAUAUUAACAAUGUUGAGCCAUCUGUAAAGAAAUUAAAAGUCAAGAAAGCUAAAACAAAGAAAUCGGAUGAGAAAAUAAGAUCAGAUCUCAAAACUAGUAAUACACAAAUUGAUUUUGACAGUGAAGAUGAUUCAUCCUAUGAUACAAAUGAUAAUAAAAACUUGGAAAAGAUUAAUGUUGAAGCAUGGAGCUCUAUGGGUGUUCCUACUAGUAUUAUAAAAGCUUUGGCUGAUCAGAAUUUUCAUUCUCCUACUGCGAUACAAGCUCAGACAUUGCCAGCUGCUAUAUUAGGUCGCAGAGAUAUAUUAGGUGCUGCUGAAACUGGUAGUGGUAAGACAUUAGCUUUUGGUAUCCCGAUAAUAAAAGGUAUUUUGCAUUUGAAAAAGCAGCAGUUGGAAAUGUCAAUGUCUGAGGAAUCUACAAAACAUAAAAAUAAAGGAUCGAGUUCAGAAAUAGAAGCUAGAGAUAAUACUGAUUCAGAAAAUGAAGAUAUAUCAGAAUCCGAGAAUUGUGUACAUGUUGUGAAUAACAUAAAGCUUGAUAAUUGUCAAAAUAUUUCAAUCAAACCUUUGUAUGCAUUAAUUUUGACACCAACUCGUGAAUUAGCGAUCCAAAUAAAGAAUCAUCUUACUCAAGCAGCAAAAUAUACAGACAUUAAGAUAGCUGUUGUUCUUGGAGGUAUGGCAGCAGUAAAGCAAGAAAGGAUAUUAAGUAAAGGUCCUGAAAUUGUCAUUGCUACACCGGGAAGAUUAUGGGAACUGAUUCAGGAUGGCAACUCUCAUCUAAAUCAAAUUGAUUCUAUUAGAUACUUAGCCAUUGAUGAGACAGAUAGAAUGAUGGAAAAGGGUCACUUUCAAGAAUUGUACGAUCUUUUAGAAAAAAUGAAUGCAAAUCCAGUCAAGCUGGAGAAACGGCAGACGUUUGUUUUUUCGGCUACUUUAACUAUGGUGCACGAUAUUCCGGAUUAUCUUGAAAGAAAAAAGAAACGAUAUGCUAGGAGUAAAAUAUAUAAACUUACUCCUGGCCAGAAACUGCAAAAGAUUAUACAUUUGUUAAAAAUAAAGAAUCCUAAAGUCGUCGAUCUUACAAAAGAAUCAGGUAUGGCUGAUAACUUAACAGAAUGUCGAAUAGCAUGUACAAUCGAUCAUAAGGAUUAUUACCUUUAUUAUUUUUUGAAGAAACAUAAUGGAAGGACAUUAGUAUUUUGUAACAGCAUUGGCUGUGUUAAAAGAUUGUCUACCCUUUUCUCCAUACUUGAGUGCAAACCUUUACCUCUACAUGCUAGUAUGCAGCAACGACAACGCCUAAAAAAUCUUGAAAGAUUUCAAGCCGAUGAAAACGGACUGUUAAUAGCCACGGAUGUAGCCGCGCGAGGUUUAGAUAUACCUAACAUAGAACAUGUAAUACAUUAUCAGGUUCCCAGGACAUCUGAGAAUUACGUACACAGGAGCGGUAGAACGGCAAGAGCAGAGAAAGAAGGUAUUACUAUUCUAAUGAUGGAACCUUCUGAAAAACAAAACUAUAGUAAAUUGUGCAAAACUCUUGGACGUACACACGAUUUACCCACAUUUCCCGUAGUAGACAGGCUAUUAGUUACUGUAAAAGAAAGAGUAGAUAUUGCUCGCGAUAUUGAUAAACUGGAAUUAAAAUGUCGCCGGCAGAAUACUCAAAAAACUUGGUUACGGAAAGCAAUGGAAGAUAUGGAUAUGGUUUUGGACGAUAACGAUGAUGAUGAUGAAUCAUCAACAGAAUCGGAAGAAGCAGCAGCAUUGAAACGACAAUUAAAAGCAAAGAAAAAUCAUUUACGGUCUCUAUUGUCCAAGCCAGUAUUUCCGAGGGGAUUUUCAGGAAAGUAUCUUGAUGAUAAUUUAAAAAUAGAUCCUGCUCAAGAUACAGAAAAAGCUAUUGAAGUAAUGAAAAAAGUAAUAGAAAAUAAUCCCGAUAAAAUUAAAGAAAACAAUACCGUAUCUCAGAAAAGAAAGCGACAAAAGCUGAAAAGAUCUAGAGUUUAAAAAGACAAAAUAUAUAUAUUUUGUUUAUAUAUACGAAUUGAGUUUUCUAAUACUUUCCUCAUCGCAUUAUAUUAUUU